CCGCGCGCUCCCGCCUGUUCCGGUCAAGAGCUGCGCGCUGAUUGGCCCCCCAGGUGUCCGAGGCGGAAGCGGGCGCGGCGGCAGGAGAUUUGAACGGCAACGGCCGCGCCGGGGAGCGGCUGCCGAGGCGGGCCUGAGAAGGAUCGCCGGGUCCUUGCCCCGUCCAGGAUGGCUCUAGGGGAGUAUGAGGAAAUUCUCAAGUACUACGAGUUGCACGAGACGAUUGGCACAGGUGGGUUUGCAAAGGUGAAACUCGCCCAGCACCUCCUCACUGGUGAAAAAGUGGCAAUAAAAAUCAUGGACAAACUUGCUCUGGGGGAUGACUUGCCUCGUGUGAAAACAGAGAUUGAUGCCAUGAAGAACUUAAGGCACCAGCACAUUUGCCAGCUGUAUCAUGUGAUAGAGACCUCCACCAAAGUGUUUGUGGUCUUAGAGUACUGUCCUGGGGGAGAGCUGUUUGACUACAUAAUUUCCAAGGACCGCCUUUCCGAGGAGGAAGCCCGUGUGUUUUUUCGGCAGAUCGUUUCAGCGAUUGCUUACGUGCACAGCCAGGGAUAUGCCCACAGGGAUCUCAAACCAGAAAAUCUGCUGAUUGACAAGGAGCAUAAUUUGAAGCUGAUAGACUUUGGACUUUGUGCAAAGCCAAAGGGUGGCCUUGACAACCGCCUGAGCACGUUCUGUGGAAGCCCAGCAUAUGCAGCACCAGAGCUGAUCCAGGGCAAAGCGUACAUCGGCUCAGAGGCAGAUAUUUGGAGCAUGGGAGUGCUGCUGUACGCUCUGCUGUGUGGCUUCCUCCCCUUUGACGACAACAGCCUCAUGGCUGUCUACAGGAAGAUCACGAGGGGAAAAUACAGUAUUCCAAAGUGGCUCUCUCCUGGCAGUACGCUGCUAAUCAGCCAGAUGCUGCAGGUGGACCCAAAGAAGAGGAUCUCGGUGAAGCAUCUACUGAGCCACCCCUGGCUCAUGCAAGGCUAUUCCGACGCUGUGCAGUGGCAAAGCAAAUACCCACUGAGACAUCUUGACGAAGACUGCAUAACAGAGCUUUCCCUGUUCCACAAACAGAGCAGGGAGGACAUAUCCAAGUUAAUAUCAGAGUGGAAAUAUGACCAGAUGUCAGCAACAUACCUCAUGCUUCAGUCCAAGAAGGCUCGUGGCAAGUGUAUUCACUUAAAUGUUCCACACCUAGCAGAAUAUGCCAGUAAAUCACAAGAAGCAGUCCUCGCGACUGGAAAAGCUGUGACAGAUGAAGAUGUGCCAGACUGCAGUGCAGCAACACAUGUCUCUGGGUCCAUGGAAUUUCCUGACUCAGCUUCACUGUUUCCACAAUCUCCAUUAGAAGAACUUAUUCUGAAUACCCACAGAAAAAAGCCGCAUUCAAGGCAUGAUGCUCAACAGCACGGUACAGAAUUCACACUGUCAACUCCAGUGACAAGAAAAGUGGCAUCGAAGAAGCGCAAAAACAAAGAGAACGUUGAUACAGAGUCAGCUGUGAGAGAUGAAAUGCCCUUUGCGCCUCCUGCUCCAGCGACUUCCUCGGCCAAGAGCCAGAUUGAGACGCAAGCGCCGUCCGUGGCCUUCCAGGGACCCACCUUCAAAGAGAGACCAUUUGCUGCCGUCACCCCAAUUAAGAAACCCACAAACCCAACGAACAGAGAUGAACUGACAGCAGCUGAGGUUCUUCCUGAACGAAGGUGUCAUUCAGGGGAGUUAGAUCUCAACGUUGCUCAUGCAAACAGCAGCCAAAAGAAGAGGAAAGCCAAAAUAUUCGGAAAUCUGGAAAGAGGUCUAGAUAAAGUGAUCACAAUGCUUACGCCCAGCAAAAAGAAACGAUGCACUAGGGACUGUCCUAGGAAACUUAAGGCACACUAUAACGUCACCACCACUCAGCUGCUGAACCCAGACCAACUGUUGAACGAAAUAAUGGCUGUUCUUUCCAAGAAGCGUGUGGAAUACGUUCAGAAGGGUUACACCCUGAAAUGUCAAAUGCGGUCGGAGUUUGGGGAGGUGUCCCUGAAGUUUGAGUUGGAGGUGUGUCAGCUCAGUAAGACGGAGCUGCUGGGCCUGCGGCGGCAGCGGCUGAAGGGUGACGCCUGGGCCUACAAGAGGCUGGUGGAGGAGGUUUUAUCCAGCUGCGGGCUCUGAGGGGCUGCUGCCCCUCCUGAGGAACCAGCAAUUGUGUACCGAGAUUUUAAUCAUUGUGUUUCAGGAGAGUCUGUUCAGAAAGGUAAUUCUUAGUCACGUUCACAGCUGCGUUUGAAAAAUCUGACAGCUUUCUCUUUUUUUUUUUACCAUUUCUCUUUGCACAUGUGUAUUUUUUAUGUUUACAUGACUUCGUAAUAAAUGUUGUGCAACUGCAACUCUUCUGAAGUAAAAUUUUGUAAACUGUUC